GGAUAAAAGUGUUGAUUAAAUCAAACUUGGGCAUUGAAUUCUUUUUUUUAUUUUUAACUAGUUUGCAAGCACAACGCGGACAUGCAAUUUUCUUUUCGUCCGCACAACUGCUUUUCACUUUCAGACCGCAAUGGCCAAUGACUUUCUUGUCUCAAAAUGGAAAAUGUGGUUUUCCUGGUUUGAUCAUAACAAGGAUGGCAAAGUUUGUACUGCAGAUUUAGAGACAUCAAGAAAUAGAUUCGCUACCCUUCACCAUUUUAAUGCCGAGCAAAAGAAGACUGCAAUGGAUACAUACACCAAAUGGUGGAGUGAGUAUCUGAUGUGGGGACAGUCAGAAAUCACGGAAUCCGAAUUUGUUGAGUACCAGAGAAAGGCAUAUGAGUCAGAUAAAGAGAUGUUUGUCAAAAGAAUGUGGAAAAACGAGGAACUUGUGUGUAACUUAAUGGACACAGACGGUGAUGGUAUGAUAACAGAAGAAGAUCACAUUGUCAUGUUUAAAUCGACUGAGCAUAACGAUGAGACCGUUGACCGGAGAUGGUUUCAAGCUUACAAUCCUGUUAAUGGAAAAGUUCCGGUCAAAACGGUGGUGGAAUUAUGGUCACGCCUCCUCACAGACGAAGAUAGUUCCAAACCAGAUUUAUUAGUACAAUUAUUUCAAACUGACACUUAGGAACUUCAUUGCUAGCGUAUUGUUUGAUAUACAAUAUGAUGUUCGAAACAUUAAGUACUCUAAUCGGCUGAUCAUUAGUGACAUAUUUGGAAAUAAUACAUGCUUUAUAUGAUUAUGAAAUAAAGUCGAUAAAAUACUUUUCA